AUGCCCGUCACUUGUCUAUCCAUGGCCCAUGCCACAGAUGGAGACGCCCGUCAUCUGAGGCGAGCCCGCGAUUGGAGAGUUUGGACCCAUGCACCACCACAUUUCUCAGCACCCCAUUACCCAGUCUCUACUGCGGAGGCCGGUAAUCUUUUUUCUCCAGGCCAUGUUCCAACUUUCAGCGCUUCUUCUGCCCCUGUCUACGCCAGCCGGCCUACCCUUCCUUCUAGGGGUAUGAGCUUCCUUUUAGAAGGGGGGCACGGGGAUGUCGCGCCCCUUGCGGUGUGUGUGGACGCCAAUACUGGGUCAAUAUCGGUGGCAUUUGGAGCCUUGAGCAAGCCGACGGCCUGUGAAGCGAGCUCUUGUUCCACCUUGGCUAGGUCUCCUGUGGUAUCAGGCACGGUGUCUCGAGCCCAUGACUGCUGCCCUGGGAAGUUGAGAAAUGGGCCCCAGCCGAUCUCCCCUCACGCCCCGCCCCGAAAGACUAGCAAGCAAGCUCCUCCAUCCGCGGCUGUGCUUCAGGCCGUUCCCUCCCAUCUGAAGAUGUCCGGACGUAUGACAUGGACGCGCAUUCAAGCCUUGCUCCGAGACUUCAGAGGUCACACUCGAGAAUGCCUGCCGACCAGAAGGCCAGAAUUGCCAUGCCGACCCUAUUCGUACAUCACGAUCUGGAAACAAAUAACCAAGUCUUCUAAAGACCCGGAUAACCACCGGCAAGCUCAUGGACGAGAGCGCCGGGUGCCAGGCACAAACUGGGCAUUACCACGGGCUGUGCGAGAAAUGCGGUCCAGUUGGCCCAACGAGUCGAUUGCAGUCUGCUCGUCUAUGAUGUUGCUGGACAAGCCAGGCAACUUCCGGACAUUGCACCCCAAGGCUUUGGCAGCCGCUCUGGCUCUUGGGUUCCCACCAGUCCCUGUUCCCAGACAGCUUCGAGAAGAGAAGAUUAUGGUCAGGGAAACCACGGUAUCGAUAAAGCGGUGGCUACAAUCGGUGGAGAAGCCCUGCCACCGUGCCACCCUGAUACUCCCCGAAUCCCCAGGACCAAUUUCCACGUCACUCCUCACUUUGGACGUCCAGCGGUUAGAGAUCAGCUUCCGCAGAUGCCAUUCCACCCAAAGCCUGCUCUGGACUACCCGGCAAGCGCUGAAUCGCAUCAACCAUCAAAGCACAGGCACUGACAAGGACUCCAGGCCAAGGUACCACGUUGGUAGGUAUGGAUCAGCAAGACUCGUUGGCUUGCGUCCGCUCAUUCGCUCCCUCGCCUUGCUCCAAUCUCGUGCGGCAACAGCAUGGAGUUCCCCUCGAUCGUUACAACGUCUGACGUCCACCUGUGGUUUCUUUGUCUCACCUUCUCUGUGCGCCUGCGGCCUUCCUGUCGUGGAAUCCCUCGCCGCCGUCAACUUUUGUCGUCUUGUUCCGCUGGGCCACCUCGGCCAACGCAACCCAGGAAAUACGUACGGAUAUACGGAACUGUGGCGCGGUGGGUACAGACCCUACAGGACAGGCGUCCAUUUCACGCUCGCAUUCCUCUCACCACUGACCAGCAGGAAACCCACUUGGACAGCGGACGCGAGGGGCUCCCUCCAGGAGUGGCGGCCUGGACUGGUCUAUUUAGUCAUUCUGUUGCUCAUCAUUGCCAAUUUUCCAGGCAAGCCGCCAAAUCCACCAGCUAUGAGUGUCCGCCUGGCGGCUGGCGCCCUUUACUCCAGUCUCACUUUAGGCAUAGCCAUCGGGCAAUCACCUCGGCGUGUAUUGGGCCGUACUUUGGGGUGCUACACCACUACGGACACAUUAGCACAUUGGCGGUGGUUGACAGUGUACGAAGUAAGUGCUUGCUGGAUUGCCAGCGACCAACCCUUGAGGACUGACACGGCAGGAGUAGCCCUGACAUUCGUGCAAAUAUCUUUCACAACAUGCGUCCCCCCGGUUACGCUGGAGGUAUGCAUUUCCUCCGCCAUGAUUACCGCAGAUGCAUAUAGAUAUGCGUCCGGUUUGGACCCUCCUGAUUUCUGCUGUGUAUUCACUCCAGCCGGCGCAUCAAGCGGCAACAACACCGGGGAGCGCGCAAGCCUGCCGAUUGUUAGGCUUUCAACAGGACUGAACGGGAGGGGGCCGGGGUUGACUGAGGGUCUCCGCCUUCUUCGUGUCCUGCGGCUGCAAGUGCUGCACUGCUGCAGCGUGCACUCAGGCCGCACCUUGCAGCCUGCAUACGCAUCUAGGUUUUCCAUUCUUCUGCGGGAUACAUACAAAAGAUGGUCUGGGAUUCUGGGUCUAGCCGCCCUGGAUUCACCCAAGCACGGCGAACACACGAGACACUGCGCACGUGACCUCGUUGUCGCCUCGCUCGCUUUCAUCACGUCUGCGCGGAGACGGCUAAUCAGAAUUAGCUUGUAUGCCGCCAAGUACAAACUGCACCUAUACAUGUCUCUCAAUCCAAACGGAUAUACCCAAAGCGCUACUGCCAACAUUCCGCUGCUGACGUCCGGCUGGUCACUGAUUCCCUCGCUUCACAAACUUCAUAAGGGUUAUGCCGACAGCAUGAUCUUCAGUGGAAUAUAUCACUCACUUAGACACCCUGGGCCUACCACCUCAUCGUUGGAAGCCACAUUGGCCAAGACUUUCGACUCAUCUACCUAUCUGGCUACAUACACAGUACGUCUGCGCCUUCAUCCUACCAACGUCCCAGGCCCAACACAGUAUGGAGCACACUACCGUGUUAUUCAAGGAAGUUGUCCUCCAGCAUCGGCGUGUCUUGUCACCGACUCAUCAUCUUCCGCCCAACACUGCGCAUCAACAGUGCACUUUGCCAAAGACUCGACCGAGUCGGGCUUACGCCGAUUUGUUUCCCGCGUCUCCGUCGAUGGUUCGAUACUGACUAUCCGUAGGUUGGAAAUCCUCGCCGUCACGUUCUCGCUCAUGCACCAAUACGAAGCGGUGAUCAAGAUAAGGCAGGCUCACUUUCCCAGCCACAUUCUCGGGGUUGCUAGAAUUAUGGCUGUCAGCUCUGUGCUACGACGACACGGAUACGCUUCCUUGAUACCAGAGGUCUCCCGAUUUCUCGAGGAGGUCGGUGCCCUUCGGACAGCAGCCGUCUCUCCUUACCUGCGCAUCAUGUACCGGGACCAAGUACGUAAGGAUACUGAAGGCCAGCGAUCCUACUCCUUGUCAGUCGGCGGAAGUCUGUUCGACCAUAUUUGGUUUCGUGCACCAGGUCACUUAGGGGCGUGGCUGGAUAGACAAAAGCCAAACUUGCUUCCACGAGAUGAUCAGCAUGCAAUUUUCCUUAAUCGCGCACGAUUGACGAGCCUUGACCCCCGCCCAAUGCAUUAUCCGUAUAAAGCACGCACGCAUGGUCAACUCCGCUGGUAUCUGAUCGAUCUUGAACGCUCACGUCUGAUGCCCCAACUUCACUGCCGACCUAAGCUAUUUCAAUACACACUGCUUCGAUCCUCUAAGUCUUAUCAACCCAAGAUAAAACGUAUUGUACGGAUACAGGGCCAGGGGUAUCUCUGGCAUGGCGGACGACGCCAUGAGGGGUGCCUCCUCUUCUUCCAUAAGUCAUCAGGCUUUCACGUCGAAUACGAAGACAGCUUUGGGUUGGAAGAAAUCAGUGAAGACGGCGCAGAGCAAUUCCUGCCAGGUGACUACGACCCGCAUGUUGCACAAAACGGGGCGUUAAGCUCCAGGUUACCACCAACAACGAGACCUUUCGGACUUCCAAGGUUCUAUGGGGACAAUAUCAUCCUCGAGCUAAAUAAAGCCCGGGUGACGCUCGGCCGUUUGCGGCAGGGCAGAGCAGUCAGGGCCUCGGUGAAACCGGGGCCUACCGACAAAAACACUUUAAUGCGCAAAGCUGUCAUGCCAGCUAGCCAGGCUCAAGAAGUCAGGGAUCUCAGGGGUCGACUUUGGUGGGGCAGGGAUAACAGGCUUCCCAAGGUCACUUCGAGGUUGUCGACCAAGAAUCCGCUAACCCUUGAACCAGCCCUGAAAGCACCGACCAUCGGGACGAUACAACGGGGCGAGACGGCGCCAUCCACGGCCAUCUACUUCAUUGAGCAUUUUUCGGGUUCAGAAUUCCAGAUAGGCAUUCACACUGCCCCAGGUGAUUCGGUUCGCGUGAGUAUGAAUAACUGUAUAUACCUCUCGGCUACCUGGCGGAACAAGAAUCCGGGUACGGAAUACGUACAAAGUCCGACCGAAUGCGGGAACCAGCACAUACACGCACACACAAUUCUAGACAUGGGCCAUGAUAUGGCCAUGGCUUGGAUUGGCUCAAAGAUGAUGAGUCCCUUGUCAGACAGAGGACAGCGUCAGUCGCCUAGCGUAGCCCAGCGGGCCUGGCUUGGAGAUGGGCAAAAGUAUCCGGCCGGUGCCACUCUUUAA